GACACCCCCCCACACACACCAAAACACCUCUCCACCCACCCAUCCCUCCCCUUUAUCCCCCCCCCCAACUUUACUCCCAUUUUGGGAGGUUUCCUCCUUUUUCUGGGGAGGGAGCCCCAGCUGCCCAACACAGCAACACCGCGCGCGUGUGUGUCCCCUCAAUUCCCACGCCCCCCCCCCUUUCCAAAAUAACCGAGGUUGGGAUAAAGUUUGCCAUGGGGCAGCGGGGCUGAACACCCCCCCACCCCCCCACCACCCCUGGUGGGGCCUUGUGGGGUCCCCGCAGAGGGGGGGGAAUUUGGGGUGGGGGGGGUGAUGUGUGUGUCACCCUGACACCCCCCCCCCUCUUUCCGCCAGGCGAUGCCGUCGGUGAUGGAGAAACCCUCAGGGAUCCUGUCCCGCAGCCGGGCAAAGUCGGUGGCCGCCGGCAGUGGCCCCCCCGCCUCUGAGGACGAAGGCAGCGAGGACGAGCACACCCACGACAGCAUGAUCCGGGUGGGGGCUGACUACCAGGCGGUGAUCCCCGACUGCAAACCAGAGAGCCCUGCCCGCUACAGCAACAAGGAGCUGAAGGGGAUGCUGGUCUGGGCCCCCAACCACUGCGUCUCCGACGCCAAACUGGACAAAUACAUUGCCAUGGCGAAGGACAAGCACGGCUACAACAUCGAGCAGGCUUUGGGGAUGCUGCUGUGGCACAAGCACGAUGUGGAGAAGUCCUUGGCCGACCUGGCCAACUUCACGCCGUUCCCGGAUGAGUGGACGGUGGAGGACAAGGUCCUUUUCGAACAGGCCUUCAGCUUCCACGGCAAGAGCUUCGCCCGCAUCCAGCAAAUGCUCCCCGACAAGCUGAUCCCCAGCCUCGUUAAAUAUUAUUACUCCUGGAAAAAAACCCGCACCCGCACCAGCGUCAUGGACCGACAGGCGCGGCGGCUCCUGGGACGCAAAGACCGCGACGACAGCAAUGACGAGACUGAUGACCAUCGCCUCGUUAAUGAAGGGGAGACGGAAACACCGGACCCCAAAAAAGAGCCUUUUUACCCCAAAACCGCCCCACGGAAGGAGGCGCAAUAUCGUCACCACCCCCCAGCGCGACACCGGCGCCGUCCCCCCCGGGGGAUGCACCUCAGCCGGGAGGACGUCGCCGGCGUCACCGCCAACCCCGACCUGGGAGCGUUGGCGCUUCGGCAGUUGGAUUGUCAGCUGGUCUCCCUCAAACGCCAGCGGAUCAAGCAGAUCAACAGCGGCCUGAAGCAAGCGCUGGAAGGUGGCGUGGAGGGGCUGCGGCCGCCGGAGGGCAACGGCAAAUUCAGCUCUCGCUGGACGACGGACGAGCAGCUCCUGGCUGUGCAGGCCCUGCGGCGUUACGGCCGCGAUUUCCCGGCGGUGGCGGGGGUGUUGGGGAACAAGACGGCGGCGCAGGUGAAGAAUUUCGUCUUGGGCGCCCGACGUCGUUUCGGGCUCGAUCGGCUGCUGCGGGAACGAGAGGCCCAGAGGGGGGGGGAUCCCCCCGCACCCCCCCCCGGGGAGGGGCAGGAGGAGGAGGAGGAGGAGGAAGAGGUGCAGAUCACCGGGGUGUCUCGCCCGGCCCCGCCUCCUUCCUCGGCCCCGCCCACCAUCGCGGCUCCGCCCCCUUCACCCUCCCCCUCGCGACCCCCUCAGCCCCCGCCCCUCCUCCGCCCGGCCCCGCCCAACGCCCCCGUGUUACCGCGGCCUCCGCCCCCCCUCCAGCAGGGCCGGGCCCCGCCUCCCCUCAUCCGCCCAGGCCACGCCCCCACCUCCCGGCCACGCCCCCCCGCCGCCGGACACGCCCCGCCCCGUUGAGACCAGCCCUCCCCGGGCGCGCCACGCCCCCCGCCGCAGCGCCCCCUGCUGGGCCGGGGGACACGGAGCCCUGGGGGGGGGGGGGGCACCCGGGGCGCGUUUGCAA